GAGCUCCUGAAUCUACAAGAAUCAUUUAAGAAUAAUGAGACGCUAGCGUGAGCAACGGCACGCUCCAUGGAUGUUUAUGUUGCCUACGACCGCUCCAUUUUGGUGACAACGUUGACGUUACACGCACUUUAACAGCACCUACGCCGACGUGAGACAAACAAGAGCGCGGACCUCUGAUGCUGGUGCCUGACCUGAACUUGUUAAACACAGGCACGACGGAGGGUGUUUAGAGAUUAAUUUCCAUCUACAGCUGUUGCUACAAAGACGUCUCCGUGCACGCCUCUGACACAGCUACAUCAUGCUGGAUUGUAGAUACGUUAAAUGAAGCUGUUUUCUAUAUUUGGACAUUGGAAAUUAAUUGUCAUCGAUCUUUUAGACAAGGACAAGAAAAGUCUUCGAUCUUUGGAUUAAGAACGCAACUGUCUUCGAUUCUUUGGUACGAUAAAUGAACUGUCUUCGAUCUUUGGGCAAACAAAGACAGUCCCUGUUAUUUGAUUACAGGAAAGAAAUGUCCUCGAUCUUUGCAUGUAGUGACGUAACUGUAUUCGACCUUGGAUUGUACUAAGGUAGCCUGUGAUCUUUAUAUCAAGUAAAGAAUUUUCAGUCACUGGCUUCAGGUAAUAGGUAUUCGUCUCUGACCCUGCCGUGGAAGGAACAUUUGACUCCGACUCUGAUAUAGUAAAGGAUGAUUGGACUCCACACGUGGUACGAUGAUAAACGUCCACUGAUUGUAACAAUAAAUAAGGACGUCGCCACCCAGUCACCGCGUUCGACUUUUACCAUUUAAACAGAUUGCUGCCUCCUUUACUACAAGUUGUAGAAUUGCUUCCGUCUGAACUGUGUAUCGAGUGUCAGUAUGUCCUAGCGUGGAAACCUGCUGCAAGUACCACUCCCUAAAACCUGGACAUUCGGUGUACACAGGCGCCUCCUGCCGGCCAUAUCUAGCAUUCAGCCUUCAGACUUCUUGAACCGGCAACACCCAGGUGGGCCUCCGAGAUAUAGAAUGGGGGUUACAGACCAGCAGAAGAAAGAAAUCCAAGAGACGUUUGAACUGUUUGACGUUGACCAUGACGGUAGAGUGACUACCAAGGAGAUGGGCACCAUCAUCCGGGCAUUCUUCAUCGUGGCCAAUGACGGGCAGCUGCGGGCCUUCCUCGACAGGCUUGAUACAAAUGGAGAUGGAUACGUCGACUACGCCGACUUUGAGCGCUUCAUGGUUGAGGAAGAACUGACUACGGUGUGCCGGGACGAGAUGGAUGACGACCUCUCCGCAGCCUUCCAAGUCUUUGACAAAGACGGAAACGGCUUCAUCGACGCUGAUGAAUUCAAGGACGUCAUGGUCAAUCUGGGAGACAAGAUGACAACGGAGGAGGUGGAGGCGUUGAUGAAGGAGGCUGACACUGACGGAGACGGCAAGAUCGACUACACAGAAUUCUGCAGGCACAUGAAGAGAAACAUUCUCCUUGAAGACGGCAAGGGAUAGUGACGAAAUGUGAACGAAAACUGUGUACAUCGAGGCUAAUUGAUAUGUUGAACUGUUGCUCAAGACAAACUAUAAUGCUACAGAUGUAAUCGUAUACUUACAGUAUGAGUGUAGGACAUUUCCCCAUCAGGACAAUUCCCCACUAGGACAAUACCCCACAUGGCAUUUCCCCAUCUUGACAUGUCCCCACACCUGUUUUGUAACCAGUAGGACAAUUCCCCACACCCAUCACAGAUAAUGGACAAACACAAGCUGAGAUUGUAUAUAUAUGUUGCAUUAAUAUAGUUAAGAAGUUAUAUAUAUAAUUAUGUAAUGAGUUCAUUUUUCAUCAGUUCAUUCAGUCGAACUUGGAAUUCACUUGGAAUGGCGAAGGAUUGAGAGCAAAUAUGUACAAGAGUAUAUACAAUGAUUUGGGAAACAAACAUGAAUUGAGAAUAGAAUGGAAAUGAAAAUAUACAAUAGAUUGUGAGUACAAGAGUCACUUGCCCUGGAUAGAGUCAAUUUAAAAGAGUCAGUGAGGUGAAACACACUUGCGUUUGUUUUGAUCUUGAUGGCCGAGCUUGAUGGCCGAGCUAUGAUACAUGUGGCUGUUAUUGUAAGUAGGUCGGAGGGAAGGCUGUUGUGAUGGAUGAGGGGUGAGGCGAAGCGUGAAACACACUUGCGUUUGUUUUGAUCUUGAUGGCAUCUAUUGAAUCUACAAUUUUCUGAUGAGGGGGGAAUUGUCCUACUGAUUACAAAACAGGUGUGGGGAAAUGUCAAGAUGGGGAAUUGUCCUAGUGGGGAAUUGUCCUGAUGGGGAAUUGUCCGUACACCUUACAGUAUAUAUCAUAGUCACUACAUCAUUGCCAAGAUCUGAUUCUGUAUCAUAACCUAUCAAAGAAAUGACCUAUUUCGUUUUUAUGGAUUUUUAUUUUAAUGUCUCCCAGCAUCGCUCUGUACACUUUUGAAGUAACACAAGUCACCAUUUCGCACACUGAGAAAAAGACAUAUGCCUGUCUCUGCUAUUCAGUAGCUGCAACCUAAUUAUUCACCUGAUUCUGAUGUAUUUGUACAUUGGGUGUCUCAAAAUAAGUGAGCAUUCCCGCAAUUUCCCAGGUACACCAGAAACACAGACAUGCAUAUAUACCCUUUCUGUUCUUAACAGCUUUAAAAUUCGGAGUGUAUAAACUGAUGUGCAAAAGAAAGUACACAGGUUGUGUUUCUUCCAAUAAGAUAAAAAUAACAAAACCUUUUGAUGAAAUGGAAAAUGUAUGUUGA